CACGCCCCUGUGUUGAAGAGGAAAUCACUCCAUAGGGAAAUGUAGGUUUAGUCAGUGGUGGAUAGUAAAAAAGUACAUUUACUCAAGUACUGUAAUUAAGUACUUUUUUUGUGGACUUCAACAUGACUUGAAUAUUAAAUUUAAUACUACUUCACUACAUUUAAAAGGGGGGACAUGACUCUGACCAGAGGAUCUUUCACCUAUGCCAGUGGGGAAGAGUAUCAUGGCGAGUGGAAAGAAGGUCGGAGACAUGGAGUUGGCCAGCUGAAAUUUCAAGAUGGAACCUGCUUCUCUGGCCAGUUUGAGAAUGGACUCUUUCAUGGCUUUGGUGUACUGCUCUUUACAGAUGGAUCCAGGUACGAAGGAGAAUUUGCACAUGGAAAGUUUCAAGGUGCGGGGGUCUUUAGUCGAUGCGAUGGCAUGAAGUUUGAAGGAGAAUUUAAAGAUGGACGUGUUGAGGGAUAUGGGCUUUUGACUUUCCCAGAUGGAGCUCAUGGUGUCCCACGAAACGAGGGCUUGUUUCAGAACCACAAGCUGCAGAAGAGGGAGAAGUGUCCAGGAGUGGUGCAGCGUGCACAGGCUUCAGCCUCCAAUGCUCGCAUUCUGACACUUUGACCUUCAUGGACCCUGGAGGACACAUGAUCAGGGUUUCAGCACCUUCUAGGAGGAUCUCAAGGAUGCAGUGCACUCCAGCUCUUCUCUCCGUGUCCUCUCUUUUUUCACCAUUUAUUGUUUUUUUUCUGCAUCCUCCUUGCUUAGCCUUCACAGUGGCUUGGAAUGCACAUGCAAUUUGACCAAAUAAUGGCUUUCUUUCUGACUGACUUGAAAAUUACCACACCAUUAAGCACACCUUUAACUUCACAAGUCAUGCAAACACCAAAUGCUGCUUUUUCCCCCUUGUACUUAUUGUUGCACGCAUAAAUAGUAUCUAGUGUUUUCUCUAGAGUAGUUAGCUAUCAUAUCAAACACCUUGUUCUAAUUGUAGAUCUGAUACUUUAAAGAGGGUUUUUUGCAACUGCAUUUUGAGUAGUUGAGAAAAGGUACUCUUUUAAUUAUAGCAAUUCAUAUUUUAAAAGUCUGUUAUCCAUUACAAUAGAGUUAUAAGGUCCUAUGUGGAGACUUGGCCUCUGGUACAGCAAGCAAGCACAUAUGGAUCUAAACAAUGCAAAGCUUUGAAAUUGGCUUUACACAGUUGUUUUAGGAUAAAAGAUACACUUUGUACAUUUGUGUGAAUGUACUCCACAGGGCACCUCCUCUCAAUUAACAGUGCUGCUGCAAAAUCCAGCUUUGCAUGUAUUCAUCAUAACUGGUGUGUCUCCUUUAAAAAAAAAUCUGUAUUCACGUUUGCCUUAAAGACAUUCUGGUACGAUUGUAGUUCCUGGAUGUCCAUCUGAAAUUAAGAUGACUCACAGUUCCCCUUCCUUCUCCUCUGCAUCAUUCGCCCUAAGGUGUCUGUCAUCUUAAUAAAUUUGCGGCCUGUUUAAAGAUUGCCUUCUCUGAGGGACAUAUUGUUAAGCUGAUGCUGAGUCUCAGCUACCAUUACUCACAAGUCCAGCAGCUCUCCUCUCUACAAUAAACCUCCUCUCCAAGUGGGAAUCCUUGGAGAGGAGUUUUAACUCUGCUGGUUAAUUAUCUCAUAUUUGUAUUAACUGAAAGACUUGGAUGACUGGACAUCCUCAAAGUUGUUAAAUAAUCAUAAUUAAAUGCAUUGAAUUGGGGACAUUUCUUUUAAUUAAGGCAGCUGAAUGAAAUCAUUUCUAAACCAGAUGUAUAUAUUAGAGUAUGUAAUUAUGUAUGUGUUUUUCUGUGUGGUAUAUACAUAUUCAUUGUCAUCUGUUGGGUUUUUCUCACCUUAAGGAAUUGGGUGUUUCAUUUGUCACAGGAAAAACUGUUACUGAGUUAGCUGAGACCGUGUAGUUGAGUAUUUUGAGAAAUGUAUAAACCAUUAUAGCCAAUCACAUCUCUUGUGUGAUAACCGAUUCAUUCAGUGUUCUUUAACAGCAAACGCUUCUACAAAGCAUUUUUACAUUCACCUACAUAGACGUUUAACCAAAGACAAUCAAAUUAUAUUACAGGUGACGAAGCCUGGAACAGCCAACAGGAGUUACAUGUGUUUAGUCUCACUGCUUAACAAUAAAAAUAAAUCAAUAAGGACAAACCCACCUGGGGAUUUGGUGCGCAUGAAAAACUAACGGACCUAAGAUUAAACAGGGAAUUGUUUUGAGGUUCUGUUUCUAGCCUGGAUUAUUACAGUUACUGAUUUUGACUGUUGUUUUAUUCUGUGAGGGGGAAAAAAUCAAUACUCUGUUUCAUGAACUCACACAGCUACUUGCUUUCAAUCCCUUCUUUGAUAUGUCAGUGUGCUGCAAGGUACAAUCAGAAAUAUUGAAGAUAACAUUAGACAUAGAAACAGACCAUUGCAUGCCUCAGUGCUGUCCUCUAAGAGCACACAAUGAUGCUUUAAUGUUGGCUGUAUGUGCAAAGUGUGUAAUAUGUGUUUCAGAUCAUGUUAUGGUUUUUUCCUUUCUACUAUUUCGGAGAUUGCGCCAACUCAAGCCUUCUCUACCUACACAUGUCUGCCUGAGUGGAAUUUAAUUCUCAAAAAUUCCACCUUUUUCCAACUGGAAACAAAUGAUGCUUGAAAAGCGUGCCUUUUCCAGAUUUUCAUCUUCCUAUGAAAUAUCAUUGCCGUGGUUACCUUUUUUCAGUAACAAUAUAAUGUUGCUUUAGUGCUCUUAGAUAAAACUACUGCACAGUAUCCCCUCAUUCUCCUUGAAUAGGUCUGACUAUGUAUUGGAAAGGCGAUAAUGUGUUUAAUAAAGCCUUGUGUUGAG